AGUGAGCCGACUCGGACGUGGGGAGGAAACACGAGCUGGACGUGAUGGCUGCGGGCGAGGAGCACGAAAUCCUGCUGCGUAAAAUCAGGCCAUCGAACGGUCUCGGAGACACCUUGAACUGCCUUCGGUUCACCCGAGGAGGCCAUUGGCGGAGAGGCGUCACGUGACCACGGGGUGCCAAUGUUAUUCUACAAGGGUGUCAAGACCCUGUCAGUUUCUGAAAUAAAUAUUGGGAAACGGCGAGAUGCAAAAGGCAACCUACUACGACAGCUCUGCAAUUUACAGUGGCUACCCAUAUCAAAGCGCAAAUGGCUUCAGUUAUGAUGCCAAUCAGGUCCAAUAUCCCCGCGCCUCUCAUGUGGAAAGUGAGUACCAUCGACCUGCCUGCUCCCUGCAGUCUCCUGACGGCUCCGUGGCUCUGCAGAAGCCGGGGGAGAUGGCGGAGAGCUGCGACAGGACCACAGCCAUUCAGGCGGCGCAGUCCAAGGUUCAUCCCGAAAGCAAUCAACCGCAGGUGCCGGUGUCAGGCCCGCCCCCUCCCCCACAAUCCCCCGGUGCUAUCAGCCAUAACAACACGAGCAACGGGUCCAGCCAGUCCAGUGCCAAGAACGGCUCCCCGACCUCCACCACCCGCAGCAAACAGAUCUUCCCCUGGAUGAAGGAAUCCCGUCAGAACACCAAGCAGAAACCCGCCAGUAGCUCCAGUUCAGUGGAGAGUUGUCCCGGAGACAAGAGUCCUCCGGGGUCAGCAGCAUCGAAGAGGGCCCGGACAGCUUACACCAGCGCGCAGCUCGUGGAACUGGAGAAGGAGUUUCACUUUAACCGGUACCUCUGCAGACCCCGGAGGGUGGAGAUGGCCAACCUGCUCAACCUCACUGAGAGACAGAUCAAAAUCUGGUUUCAGAACCGCAGGAUGAAAUACAAAAAGGAUCAGAAAGGCGUGGGGAUGAUGCCUUCUCCUGGAGGGCAGUCCCCUCGGAGUCCCGUGGGCCCUGCCUCUGGCGGUGGAGGGGGAGGCGGAGGAUACCUCAACUCUAUGCAUUCUCUUGUAAACAGUGUACCUUAUGACUCCCAGUCGCCAACGUCUUACAACAAACCUCAUCAAAACGCGUACGGUAUGGCUACGUCAUAUCCCCCUCCUUUGAACAACUGCCCGCCCUCCCAGAAGAGGUAUCCCGGGGCCGAUUCGGCCACGCCCGAGUAUGACGCGCACCCUCUUCAAGGCAAUGGCAACUAUGGGACGCACAUGCAGGGUAGCCCUGUUUAUGUCGGCGGAGGUUACAUGGAUUCAAUGCCCAACUCUGGGACCUCCGUUUUCGGUCUGACCCACCUCCCUCACCCGCCGUCCGCAAACAUGGACUACAACGGAGCAAUCACGAUGGGCAACAGUCAGCAUCACGGAGUGUGUGAUCCCACACCGACAUACACAGACCUAACGCCGCACUACUCUCAGGGAAGAAUCCAGGAAGCGCCCAAACUGACGCAUCUGUAGCGACGGAUCACUCCGCCCUAUUGUCUAAUCCACCUCCAGACACAUCACUGCUUUGUUUCUGCGCCUCCUCACCGCUCCCACCUCCUCUCUGCUUUUGUUUAUUUUCUCUAUAGUUUGAUGUGUGAAGUAGCGUAGGAUAAAUAAUCACGACUUGCUUGAAUUUUUCUCUAUUUGCUCGUGUCAUUGUCUCACAAAGACCUUUAUCUGGGCUGUAGAGCGGGAGGGAGGGGGGCACAGUAUAUGCAUAGGACUAUUUAAUCUUCUUUUUUUAAAAUCUUGUUUUAAAUUGAAUCUCAGACAGGGUAUUAUGAACACAUGUUAUUCAUUUAAAUGUGAAUUUGUCCGUCUUUUAUUUAUCCGCAGUUGAAGAAUUGUGUUUUGCAUUUUGUUGCACUUGUGAAAGGAUCCUUCCAGAGCCACGAGCUGGGAUUGUGAGGGAAACACAUUUUCAAAAACAAGGGUCACGGGCUUACACGCAACCCCCCUUGCUUGUGUUGUUCUAUUGGACUUUCUAAUGUUAUUUAUUUUGUUGGGUGUAAAGAUAAAGGAGUCCUUUAGUAUUAUUUGACACCACCAUCUUUGUGUGGGGAGAAGGUCUGUGGAAAAAAAAAAAAAAAAAGCUUCUCGGCCCUUUUUUCCCAGCCUGUAGUCCGCAGCAUGCAGCACACCGUGCUGCUGAUCCAGACUGGUUCUCCAUUUCUUCUUCUUCUUCCUCGAGGAGGUGUUUUCUUUUCUCAGCGAAUGUAAAAUCAAUCAGCCAUGCAAUAAGGGUGCAAAGAAGGACAAACGUUUCUUUAAUGAAGAAAAAAAAAGAAACACACAUUUUCAUUUUUUUCGAUGUCAUACAUUCCAUGCUGCUCCAGUCCGAAGAAUAAAUAAAAAGAAAUGAAAUAUA